GAAUAAGUAUAUAAAAAAGAUGUUAUUUCUAAUAGUUAUCAUUCAUCAAAGUUAAUCUAUACUGAUUUAAUAAAAUCUUUAUAUAAGAAAUUAUUUGUUGAAGAUUUUUAAAUCAUUAAAAAUGAAACGAUUAUUGAUAUUGUUUUUUUUGGGUUCAUUAAUAAUUGAAUAUGCAAAUGGAUGCACUUGUCUCGAUUUAACACUUCAACAUAAGUUCUGCAAUUCUGACUUUGUUAUCAAAGUACAAGUUAAGGAUAUUGCGAAAAUGGUAGAGUCAGGAAGAUAUAUAUAUCAUGUUGAUAUAUUAGAAACUUACAGAGCUACUGAUGAAGCAAAAGAAAGACUCCAACUUAAUUUUUUGGUAACUAAUCCAUUCGAUGGAAUGUGUGGUCUUGACCUUCGAAACGAUCGCGUAGCUAUUGUUGGAGGAGACAUAAGAGAUGGAAAACCGGAUGUUAUUAUCUGUGAUUUGCAUAUAGAAAAUCCCGAAAAAAUGGAAGCUGAAUAUGUUAAUCUUCGAGAAAACUUCCCUAAAAAUUGUACAGCAGCAUAAGCUGAUUAAAUUUUUUGUUGUGCAAAAAAUAAAUUACAAACUCCAAAAUUUCGUAGAAACAAAAUUUUAAAUGCUUAAUGUUAUAAUCAGGAUAUGGCUGGUAGUUAUUCAAUAAAUUAACUUAACUUCCUUUGUCUGGGAAGAAAUAAUUUAGAUAUAUGUGAAUCAACCUGAAUUUAAAAUUCGGAAUAGAUUUCACAAGAUCAUUGAUAAUUGCAGCAGAUCGUCAAUAAUAUCAGAUCUAUGGUGAUCUCUGAAGAUCUCUACUGAUCUCACCAAAUCUUUCAAUAUUAUACAACAAUAUCAAUGAAGAUCUAUUUUGACUUAUGUAGAUCGACAAAUUAUGAUCAAUUUUUCUUAUUAGGACAACGGAAGCCAUCGAAGAUCUCCGACCAUUUCCGUAAAUUUCUACAAAUUAUCGAUCUCUUGAAAAAAAAAGCUCUGGCAACAAUGAGAUUUUUCUGAUCUCCGUAAAUAUGCUAGAAGUAACGUAGGUCUAAAUUAUUUAUUCUUGGGUGAGCAACCAAUAACAUUAACAUCAAAAAUCACUUAUUGUAAUGAAAAGUUCCAAAAACAUUUUUGUAUACCAUAAAACAUUGUCGCUAAAAGUUACAGAGAAAAAAAUAAACUUUAAAAAUUAGUGUUUGAAAUUAUAACCUAGAUCCUGGAUGUCAAUAUAGGAAAUUUUAUCUUUUCAAACAAUAAAUUUUAUAAUACGUGUCGUCAAUUUUUUAAGUAUCAG